AUGGGACAGGCCGCGAGUUGCUGUUCGUUCUGCUGCCCUUGUCCAUUGAGGAGAAAGGCCGCAGCGGUACCAGGAGCAACAACCGAAGACCAAUCAAAGUUGCUCCCGUCGUCGUCGACGAAGAAGGCACACAAGCCACGAAAGGAGAAAUGUUCGAAGUAUCGACGACCACCUUCUCAUCUGAGAGAGUUGUCGGGUGACAUAAAUCAAGUCGUCAGGUUGGUGCUCGUGGGUGGAUGCGACACGGGGAAGACGUGCCUGCUACGGCGUUUUCUCGGCGGCUAUUUCGACGACAUUGGACACCAAGACUACACGAGGCAAGCGCAGGCAAUAACGCUGGGGGUGGAUUUCGGAUGCAGGACCGUGGACCUCGCUGACCGUCGAGUUCGUCUCCAGAUGUGGGAUACCGGCGGCAGUGAGACGUAUCGAAGCGUUGUGUCUCACUACCUCCGAGGAGCCGAUGGGGUCAUGAUGUGCUUCGAUGUCAACAGCAAGACUCUCCGCUCGCUGAGGUCAACUUGGGCGCCUUUCUUGGACAAACACACUCCAAGAACCUGUAGGGUCUUGCUCGCUGGAAACAAGGCUGACGCUCGGGGCGAUUUCGGCGUGAACGGUGGAGAGGUCUCUCACGAGGAUGCAAAGCGCUUCGCUGAAGCGAUGGAGGCCCAGGUGUUCGAGACCAGCGCAAAGCUCGGCACCAACGUUGACGUAGCGGUGAUGGCACUCAUGCAAGAAGUCUUACACCACCGGCAGUUUGCCGCGGAGGACAAGGCCAGGUCGAGCAAGAAGGGCUCCAGCCCGGCGCGAAGAGGACGGAAAAGGCUCUCUGUUUCCCUGAAGGGCGUGAUGGAACGCAAUGGCGACCGGGAUAUCGCUUCCUCAUGUGCUGCCCAGAGCGGGAUAGGCAGAAGCCCCUCCAACGUGAGGCGGGAGGUUAGGGUGUAG